AUCACCGUUCACCCAUCAUCUGAACUCAGCUCAAUUGACCACACCCUACCUCUGAACCAAUUCUAAAAAGGUCCAUUAUCUCCGUACGGGCGUACUUCCUCCAUCAUGCGGGCAGCAACCCGCCUUCUCGCCCGAUUCCUCGAACCCGGCCAACCCACCGGCUUGACAGGACUCCGGGUCCAUCCCUCUCCACGAUCCACCCUCAUCUACCUCUACAGCCAGACCCUCAGCAAACUCCAGACGAUACCGAGUUCCUCCGCCUACCGGGUUGCCACCGAAUCCCUCACGAAGCACCGGUUACAGAUCAUCGAGGAGUCCAAGCCGACGGGGUACGCGGAAUGGCAGCAGCGCAUCCGCCAGGCUAUCGCCAGCGACCCGAAGAAAUAUGCGGCCGCCGGGCUUGCGAUUCAGAAAUCGGAUGAUGGGAGGGAAUUUGUGCAUAUGAAGCCGGUGGAACAUAUUGACUGGAGGGGCCCGAAACAGUCCACGGAUCCAAUUGGCGAAGAUAUGGGGGCAGAGGCGGUGAAGGAAGAUGCUAGGGACGUGCAUUUGGAGGCAGAACCGCAGCUGACGGCGGAGCAAAUCUCCGAGGUCGAGACCAAAAUCGGCGCAGGAUUAAUAGAAGAAGUCAUCCAGGUUGCAGAGGGAGAGUUGGAGCUGGCGAACCAGAUGAUUAAAGAUAAAGUGUGGGAGGAGCUCAUCGAGAAACCGGUCGAAGGCCAGUGGACAUAUUUCGACCGACCAUCCACGUAGGCAGUACUUCACAGAACCCUGAAUGGAUCCAAAAUAUCGUUCGUCCAUCGAGCUCGACUGUACAUAUAUCUUACUGCUGCGGGCAUCAAAGAGGCUGGAGGUACCAUGUAUGCUGACCAAAUAGACCAUGAAUUCAAUUGAACCAAUAUAGAACAACCGGAUGCUCUCAAUACGAGCAUCUGUUGGCUCUUUCUUUGCCCCGUUGCAGUACGAUGCGCCAUCCAAGUUAUGACAGCAAACCACCACGCUUUAUUGAAUCAACCCCACCUUGGGCAUGAGGAAUGUGCGG